CCAGAACGGAUUCUCUGAGACCAACUCGCAGCGCCCCUCGUACAAUCCACUGCUUUCCGUAUCCGCAACUGCAGUGUUUAUGUCUUGUACUCACCGAGCGACAGCGACACAGCACUCACAUCAUCUGUAGAGCAUUUCUCGUGAACAUAUCGAACGCAAUCUGGUCACAUCAUCCCUAAGCAUCCUUCUCGCUUCAGCUCUUCGGACGAUUUCAAAAACCUUCUAUCGGAUUCACCGAGCGGCACCGACGCCUCAAAAUCACCUUAUCUCUACUUCACAUUUCGAGUGAGCGUUCCGCCGCUCCAUCAAAUCAAAGGAAAUUCCUAAACAACUCGCAAAGACCACCCCGUCAAAAGGAGGAAUGGGUCGAAAGAAGAUUGCCAUUAAGAGGAUCACGGACGAAAGGAACCGUCAGGUCACUUUCUCCAAGCGCAAAUUUGGCCUGAUGAAGAAAGCCCAUGAGUUGUCAGUUUUGUGCGGAUGCGAGAUCGGGUUGAUCAUGUUCACCCAGAACGGAAAGCUGUUUCAGUUUGCGUCAACGGAUAUGGAUAAAAUUUUGCUGCGAUACACAGAGACCGAGGCUCAUGAGAUGAAAACUUCCGAAGAUAUCAUUAGGAGGGCGGGCGGCUUGGCCGCAAACCGAGAAGCUGCGGCUACAGACGGCGCAGGGGUGCCGGCCGACGGCCCCUCGCACGGCCCAAACGGCGAUGCUCGGAAGCAGAGGCAAGGGAGCUCAGAUGGAGCAGAGGAAGAAAUUGAGGGAGGCGAGGGCGAAUCUGACGAGGACGAAAAUGAGGACGGGAAUGAGGACGGUGCAAAUUCGCCCGACGUAUUUGACGGCGCAGGAGCGGACGAUUUCGGCGACCUCUCAGCCAUCAACACCCCGCUACCAGAUCACCCAACCGCCCCAGUCCCACAUCCUGUUGUUCAUCCGCCGCCCCAAGUUCACCACUACGCGGCACCACAGCACCCGUUGGCAGUACCCCCCCACCAUUACCAGUAUCAACACCAGCAGUACCCUCACUAUGUACAGCUGCUGCAGAUGGGUUCUGCGCAUCCGCCCAGCGCGUAUGCCCCCGACAUCGACUAUCACAAUCCCCACUCGCCGCUGCCGCCCCCACCCGUAAGCCUGCCCAUGGACCAAAUAGAUGGCAGGGGUGUGGCGGCGGCGGCGGCAGUGGGUAUCUUACCAGAACCCAACGAUCGGAGAACGGGAACGGGCCCGGAGCGGCGGGGAAAUCGAGCUACCCAUCAUCCUUACCGUAGACCCCCACCUCCCCACUAGCAGUCUCCUCCAUGUGCAUUUCUGAGGCAUUUGUGUUCUUUCCGCCCUUUGAAAGUCCGCGGGCAUGUUUGUGUUCCUACAUUUGGAGAGGUAUAUCCUUGCGGCCAAGCUCAUAAAAAUUAAGUUCUUCAUCUUUUUCAAUAACAAGUGAGCUCCACGA